AUGGCCAUGCCAGCUUAUACUAUGUCAGUUUUUAAAUUGCCAAAGGGAUUAUGCAAGGAGUUAAGUUCCAUCAUGGCAAACUACUGGUGGGGUAGCGAAGGCAACAAGAGGAAAAUCCAUUGGAUGAGCUGGUCCCAUUUGACAAAUAUCAAAGAAAGAGGAGGAUUGGAUUUUAGGGACCUCGAGGAUUUCAACAUGGCCUUACUAGCAAAGCAAGUUUGGAAGUUCAUCACAAAACCAAACUUGCUUGUUAGUAAGAUCAUGAAAGCUAAAUAUUUUCCAAAUUCUUCUAUUUUACAGGCUACAAAGGCAGCAGGGGAUUCAUGGAUUUGGCAAAGUAUACACAGCUCUAUAGGCCUUAUAGAAGAGGGAAGUAGGAAGAAUGUGGGAAACGGGGAAACAAUCAACAUCUGGGAGGAUAGAUGGGUUUCAAACUUGACAGGAGGUAAAAUUCAAUCAACCAUACCUACCAACUGUGAAAUCAUCACGGUGAAGCAGCUGAUCAUGGGACAACAGUGGGAUCCAGUCAAGACAGGCUACUCUCUUUUAAAGGAAAUGGCAAAGAACCAUAGACCCAGCAAGUUGGAUCAGGGUGGACAAAGCACAGAGCCAAGUAAAGAAAUGAUCUGGAAAAGACUUUGGGGACUCAACUUGAAGCAUAAGAUUAAGCACUUCAUCUGGAAAUGCCUCAAUCAGACCCUUCCAACAAAUGAAGCAAUUGCCACAUGGAUAGGGAAAGGAUGCAAUGUUUGCCGAAGAUGUGGAGAAGAUGUAGAAACAAUUUGUCAAAAUUUGAGUAAAUUGACUGGAAUCGGCCCCUUUCCUCUUCCUGGCCCUUUCUAUUAA